AUGGCAGACUCCCCCUUCCAAGAGCUCCGAUUCGGCUUCGAAUCGGCUCGGCUCCGUCUCGGCUCGACUUCUCUAAGCCCCAUACCCUCCCCCUCCACGCGGCGCCUCUCCAUUGGAAGCGCCGAGCGGCCGAGUCACCGCGGGCGCAAUAUCGCCUCCGCCGCGGCUCGACAGCUGUCAUGGUUGUCCCUUCAGGGAUGGCUGGCCGACGCCGACGACGCCACGUCGGCACGAGCCAUAAGGGGGGGCUUGGAGCCGGCGCAAGCCGUGGCUUGGGAGCUCUUUACCCCAAUCCAGAGGAUUCUCUUCGUCGCCGUUAUAAGCGUCGCCGCCGCCGAGUCCAGGAAGAACCGCAUCAUUUCGCGGCUGAAGAAAUCGGUGGAGUUUAGGGAUCAGGUGUUGUUGAACAUGCAGCACAAGCUUGACAGUCUAUGCGCGCAGAUAAGUAACAUAAAGGACCACCCGGGGACUGAGACUCCGGUCAUGUCCCCAACAAAGGACAUAGAAAUGCAAUCUGAUGAAGCUUUUGGUUGUGAUAAAAUCAAAUUCGUUGAUUGCGGUUGUUGGCUUUGUGAUCAGCAUCGUGAUGUUUCUCAUGGUUUGGUGGGUUGUAAUGACAUGAAAGGAUCCGGUGGGUAUGAGAUACUACAAUAUAAAAUGUCUAUUGACCAUGUAGCAGAGCAAGAGGAGCGCCGCAUGUCUGAUUUAUCAGACCUGGCAUCAAGUGUCACAUCUGCUGCUGACUUCCAGCUGAACAGCUUAGCUAUUGAACAAGACAUGUACAAUCUCAAAAGGGAUUGUGAAGAGAAAGAUGGGACCAUAAGGGAGCUAACCUCUUUACUCCACUCAUCUGAAACUGCUGGUUCGAAGAGGAUUGCACAGUUGGAGGACAUAAUUCGUAGAAAAAAUUCAACAAUUACAAGACUAAAGAGGGACAUGGCGGUUCUAGAGCAGAAGGUAGUACACCAUGCAAGGCUUCAGAGGUCCUCUUACUCUUCUUCGUUAAGCUCGGAUGAUUCAGACUUUGCAGACACUCUUCCAAAAGUUCCUCACAUGGCAGACAAUCUUCUUUAUGAUAUGGAUAGUACUACAAGCCCUUCCGAUUCAGAUUGUUCCUCCCCCGUGAACCGAACAUGCCAGAAACUAGUGCCAGAAAAGGCUUCAACUUCUAUGGUUGAUGUGGAGAAUGAUACAUGCACAAUCGGAGUUUGUUCAUGCCAGUUGAACAUGCUUUUUGAGUAG